UUAUUACUAAGUAUUAUAUGUAUAAUAUUAAAUAGAACAUUAAAUUGAUAUAAACGAUGGAUGUUGAACCUGCAGUACCGGAAAAAACUUCCGUAUCUCAUGUAUGGAAUGUAACUUCUACUGAAUAUUUUUUUAACUUAUCAGAAAAAUUAACAUCAAAAUUAUUUAUAGAAAGGUAUAAAGGUUCAACUAUAAAUUAUAAAAUAUGCAUUGAUUGUGAUAGGCAAUUUCAAGAAUGUUCAAAGUGUUUUAAAAAUUCUUGUAAAAAUGUCGAAGUUUAUUUAAUAUUUUUUCUACCUUUACCAGAAAAUUUAGUUAUAGAUAUAGAAUACAAGAUUAGAGAAGAUGUGGAGAUACUAACCAUAGCAGAAACGUCAAUAAAUAUUAAUCGAGAAUGCGAAAAACGAGAGUUUAGUAUUUGUAAAAAUUGUGAAAAAGAAUUAAAUUUGGCAUGUAAAUUAAUUUAUAAUGUAAAGUUAGAUAAAUCCGAUUAUGCAAUUACUUCUGAUGAAUCUAGCCCUCCACUAUCAUGGGAAAGUAGUUUGAUCAAUUAUUUAAAUGAGGUAUUUCGAACUGGCAAAUUCAGUGACAUGUCUAUUUAUGUUCAAAGUAAAGAAUUUAAAGUACAUUCUCCGAUAUUGUCUCAGUAUCCUUAUCUUAAGUCAUUAAUAAUUAAAGCCAAGAAAGAAGAUAAAAAAAGAAUAGAUUUAGAUGGUAUCACGUCAGAUGCAUUUGAAAAAAUAUUAACUUACAUAUAUACAGGAGAUGAAUCAUGUAUAAAUAAUCUUGCAUAUGAACUAAUAAUGCCUGCUCAUCAAUUGCACAUUGAUGAUUUGGUAGAAAAUUGUGCUAAGAUAUUACAAAUGGAAAUUAAUAUAAAUAAUUCAAUUGAUAUGUAUAUUCUAGCUCAUAGAGUUGAAGCGUACGAGUUAUUUUUAGAUGCUAAAAGAUUUAUAGCAAGUAAUUACAAUGUAAUUAAAGAAUUGCCGAGUUAUCAAAAUUUUCAUCAAAGAUAUGUAGAAUUAGAGGGUGAAAUUUUAGAAUAUCGUCUCCAUAAUACUUCCUAAUCCUAAUUUCUAUGGUAUUAUUUUUAUAUUUCUUUUUUCUUUAAUUUACUUCCUUUUAAUUUUUAAU